GCGGAGCUUCCCACCGAAGAAGCUCCCGAAGAAGAAGACGAUGGCGACCAACCGGAUCCGACACAACAAGUCAACAAAAAGCAACCCAAAAGUUACAUGUGCAUCUUUACUUGUGCCGUGACGAGAGCGAUUCAUCUGGAGUUAACCAAGGACAUGACGGCUCGCUCCUUUCUGUUAGCUUUCCGUCGAUUCUCCGCCAGAAGAGGCCCAGUGUCAGUGAUGUACAGUGACAACGCCCAAACAUUCCGCUGUGUGUCUCGAUAUCUUAAAAACAUUCGAUCCGACCCAUCCGUUCACGACCUCCUCGCCAUGAGAAGAACCAGCUGGAUCUUCUCUGUUAGCCUCGCUCCAUGGUGGGGCGGAUUUUGGGAGAGGAUGGUGAGGAUCACGAAAGAUCUUUUGAGACGAUCCAACGGGCGCGCAUGUCUCACGUACGACGAGCUGGAAGUGAGUUUAAUCGAAACGGAAAGUGUGAUUAACGCGAGACCGUUGAACUACAUUGGCGAAGGAGUGGACGAUCCGCUCCCGAUCACUCCGAAUCAGUUUCUCAACAAUCGUCGUUCAACUUGUGCUACGCCGGAGCCAGCAGUCAACCUAUUGGCUCCCGAUUCAACAAGUGAACUACUUAAGAAAAUGGAUCAGAACAGGCGUGACUACGUCAGCAACUUGUGCUCGCGGUUCGUCUCCGAUUACCUGAUGCAGCUGGAUAAUUUUCACGCAAAGGGAGCGUCGGGUAGAAAAAUCCGCGUCGGAGAAGUUGUCGUAAUCCACGACAAACUUUCCAAACGGCUCAUGUGGAAGACGGGAGUAGUCAAGGAAUUACUCCCCAGCUGCGACGGCUUAGUCCGAUCCGCGAUCGUCAAGUUCCCAUCCGGUAAUUUAUUAACCCGAGCCAUUCAAUGUUUGUAUCCCGUAGAACUUAGAGAAGAUCAACCGGAAGAUGUGGAGAUCGCAGACGGUGUAUUGAAUCCGGAGCCAGCUGAAACAACUGCUCCGCAAUUUCCAAAUCCACCCGAUCCGGCUCCAUUCCCAUUGCUUUCGAUCGAUCCAGCUGACGUCGAAGAAGAUGAUCAUGUGGCCAAUCCGGCCGCAACUGACGUCGGCGAGGUCGAGGCCCAAGGCAUGGGCUCUGGUGGGGAGUAUGUUGGAAACGAAAGACGUCCCCAACGGCCGACGAUGAGAUCCGGCCGAACAACCAGGAUUCCGGCCCAUUUACGGGAAUACGAUCUUCGGGGCCCCCGAUAGGUGGCCCCUUGUCACCCGCCCGACUGUACUGA